AUGAGCAAUAGCAAGCCGCGCAAGCCCAAGAACCCCGAGGCGCCGACAAGGCAUCUCUAUGUGGCCAACUGCACGGUCGGCGGCGACCACGGCGUUGGCGAAGGUGCUAUCCUCUCCUGCUUUGGAGCCUACGGCACACUCUGCGACCUCGUCUCGGAGGACGCCAAGGGCUACCUCUUGGUGACGUUUGCGACGGUCGAGGCAGCGGUCGCAGCGCGCUCUGCACUGCAAGGCACGUCGCCAGCUGUGCUUGGCGGCCGGAAGCUCUUUGUGCAGUUUGCCGCCGAAGCACCGCCCGCUGACGCUGGAUCAUCAGGAUCAUCGCUCUCCUGUCCGUCCACAACCGCGCAAGUCGUGGUGCCCGGGCUCUCGAUCAUCGACGACUUCAUCUCGGCGGACGAAGAAGCGUCGCUCCUCAAUACCAUCGAUGGGAGGGCCUGGGAAGACAGCAUCCAGCGUCGCGUCCAGCACUACGGCUAUGCGUUUCGGUACGAUACACGCGACGUAGACGCCUCGGCGCCGCUCGGGCCACUGCCGCCCUUUUGCGCCGAGACGGCCGCGAAUAUGCAUCGUCUCCGUCCGGACUUGCAGCUCCCAGAUCAAAUCACGAUCAACGAGUACCUCCCGGGCCAAGGCAUUGCGCCUCACGUCGACACCGCCGACGUCUUUACCGAGUACAUUGCGUCGCUCUCGCUGGGCAGCGACAUCGUCAUGGACUUUCGCCUUGCCUCGGACCCAUCGAUUGUCAAGCACGUUGUGUUGAAGCGCGGGUCGCUCGUCCUCAUGGUGGGCGAGGCGCGUUACCUCUGGAAGCAUGGGAUAGCAUAUCGCAAGCACGAUCUCAUUAACGGGUCUGUCGCCGCCCGGACGCGGCGCGUGUCGCUGACGUUGCGCAAGAUUCUGGUCGAGCGCGAUUUCAGCCGCGUGCAGCAAACUAGCGUGCAGCGACCGUCGGAUCUGGAGAAGGAGCACGUGCACGGCGUGUACGACAGCAUCGCGUCGCACUUCAGCCAUACGCGGCACCACCCGUGGCCGCUCGUCACCGACUUUCUAAACCGACUGCCCGACGGUGCGCUUGUCGCCGACAUUGGCUGCGGCAACGGCAAGUACCUUGGCGUGAACCCAAAUCUGAUGAUGAUCGGGUCGGACCGCAGCAUGCCGCUGCUCAGCGUGUGCUCGGAGCGGACCCACGACGUCUUUGGCAGCGACGGGCUCAGCGUGCCGCUCCGGACAGGGGCAUUUGACGCAGCGAUUUGCAUUGCUGUGCUCCACCACAUGUCGACGAUCGAGCACCGCUUGCAGAUUUUGCGGGAGCUCGCGCGGCUCGUGCGCGUCGGCGGUGAGGUCUACGUGGUCGCAUGGGCGUUCGAACAAGACGCGCUCUCGAAGCGACAGUUUGCGAGUCAGGACGUCAUGGUCGAGUGGAAGCUGCAGCAAAAGUACAUUGAUCCAAACGAGCCGCUGCCCGCCCAUGUGCAGCUCGACGAUGCAAAAAAGUGGGCUGUCUACAAGCGCUACUGCCACGUGUACCGCGACUUGGAGCUCGAGCUCCUCGUGCGCCAAGUGCCCGGCCUCGUCGUCACCAACGUCGAGAUGAUGCGCUCGAAUUGGUGCCUGACGAUCCAGCGCGUCUAGUUGCACGUCAAUGCUGUUCUACUACUUGAUACCAACUUGAAACU